GUGAGAAAGUCUUAAGAUAUGGUUUGGGGUGAAAGGAGAGGGGCUUUGUGAAGAAACAAACACCGCUGAAGUCGGAAAAGCUCCACUAACGUACGGGAAUGUUUCUUAUUUUUAUUACUGUAUGAAAAUCUCCCCAGACUCCAAAGCGAGUUUCGGAGCUGUGUGUCUUUAGCGGCGGUUCGGGAGCGACAUGGCCGCGCAGCGCGUCCCUCUGAGCGGCUGCUCUCAGCACUCUGACCCGGGCUCGAACAGCGAGCGGAGCGCUGACUCCCCGCUGCCCGCCUCGGAGAGCGACUCGAGCGGCCACGUGUCCCCGCCCAACCCGGACUGGACCGAGGAGAGGUUCCGUGUGGACAGAAAGAGACUAGAAACCCUGUUAUUAGCAGCCAGUGAAGGGAGAGUAAUUGGAGGUGAAGAUUUUUUCCAAAAGAUCAUGGAUGAAACGAGCACUCAGAUUGCUUGGCCUUCCAAACUAAAGAUAGGAGCUAAAUCCAAAAAAGACCCUCACAUUAAGGUCAGUGGAAGGAGAGAUGAUGUAAGAGAAGCGAAAGAAAGGAUCCUGGCUGUUCUGGACACAAAGAGUAAACGCGUGACACUGAAGAUGGAUGUGUCGCACACGGAGCACUCGCACGUAAUCGGGAAGGGGGGCAACAACAUCAAACGCGUGAUGGAGGAGACGGGCUGCCACAUCCACUUCCCCGACUCGAACAGGAACAGCCAGGGGGAGAAGAGCAAUCAAGUGUCUAUAGCAGGGCAGCCAGCAGGAGUGGAAACCGCGAGGGCUAAAAUCCGGGAGCUGAUGUCAUUGGUUUUGAUGUUUGAGUGCGGGAGGUUUGUCGAGUCUGUUGACCUCUCCUCUCCAGUCAUCCAGCACAUCGCUCAGUCGUGCGGCGUCGCCAUCACGUGCAAGCCGCCCUCCCAUAUCUACGGCAACACUGUCGCCAUCCGUGGAAAUCAAAGCAACGGCGCAGCAGUCAAGCGUGGAGCGGCUCUGCUGUUGGAUCACCUGGCUGGCUCCAUGUCCGGCUCUAUAACGGUCAGCACUCAGCUGGAUAUCGCACCUCAGCACCACCUGAGCCUCCUGGGCAGAAACGCCGCCAACCUCAAGCACAUCAGCCAGCGCACCGGCGCUCACAUCCACUUCCCCGACCCCAGCACGCCCUCACACUCUCACGCUCACACACGCCGCUCCAGCGUCUACAUUCAGGGCAGCGUCGACGCCGUGUGUGACGCCAGGCAGCAGCUCAUGGGCUGCUUGCCGUUGGUUUUAAUGUUCGACAUUAAGGAGGAGGCGGAGAUCGAGCCCCAGUGCAUCGCAACUCUUAUGGAGCAACUAGACGUCUUCAUCAGCAUUAAACCCAAACCCAAACAACCCAGCAAGUCUGUGAUUGUAAAGAGCGUGGAGAGAAACGCGGUAAACAUGUACGAGGCCCGCAGACUGCUCCUGGCUCUGGAGAGCGCUUGCGCGUCUUCUCCCAGUACUCCUGUUUCUUCUUCUGCUUUUCCUCUCAGUACCAACACCCUCCCCGUUAACGACCACGGCUCCCCCCCAUCCCUCCUCACCCCUGUCGGACUGGACGCCUUGGCCUCAGCUGGACUGGGGCUAAGCACUCUGGGUCUCCUAAGUUCCCCAGAUCUUCCAGCUCAUAACGGUUCGCCUGAUUCUAACCCGGUUCUGAACGGUCAUGGUUCUAUCCAAAAUGGUCCUAACGAUGUAGUCGGGACACUGCAGAGCAGCAACCAUACACACACCCUCGCUCCGUUACAAGGGGCUUCCCUCUGGACCAACACUCACACUACAUCAGCCAACACUGCAGGAUUCUCCCCGGUCCUGAUGUUGCAGUCUGUCUCUCAGGGUUCUCUCAGCGGUCUGCUGCUGUCCGGAGUCCACGGUUACGGCCAGAAUUACACACAGAGUCCCUCUCUCACACACUCGCACACUCACACGCACACUCCUUCGCCGCCACCGGGACUGGCGCCAAUACACAAACCAGUGAGCACUGAUCAACUCAAAACACACAUGCCUUCUAUGUACAGAGGGAUUUCAUCCGUGUCACUAACUGAAUCCAUGCUUGGCCCCGCCCACUGCGACCCAGCACAGGAAGUUAACGGGCACAGCCAAUCAGAAGCUCUAUCAAACAAAUCCAGCCCUGAUGAAGGCUCAGACACGUUCGUUGAAGUGGGCAUGCCCAGAAGCCCAUCCCACUCAGCCAAUGGGAGCGAGCUAAAGCAGAUGCUGGCUUCCUGUGCUGUGUCACCAGGGAAACGGCAGACUGUAGAACUGCUCCAAGGCACCAAGAAUUCACAUCUCCGAUCAGAUUGUCUGUUGUCGGAUCCUGAGCCUGAUACCGUAGCUGAUAAGAGAGCACCAGGCAGUGAGAGAGCAGCAGAGAGGAACAGACUGGUCCCUCAUGUACAAUCCUUUGACUAUGAACAGAAGAAGCUACUCGCCACUAAAGCCAUGCUGAAGAAGCCAGUGGUCACAGAGGUUCGAACCCCGACCGACACAUGGAGCGGGCUCGGCUUCUCCAAGUCCAUGCCUGCAGAGAGCAUCAAGCAUCUCCGCAGAGCCGGCCAUACAGCCUACAAACCCUCUGUAAACACUACGUGUCAGGGCACUCCUCUCUCAGUAUCAUGCACAGGCAGCAGAGACUCUCAGAGUAACGACAGCGAUGGUGAGAGCUGGUGCACCAGAAACGGAAGUUGUGUUAUUAACGGUAGUGGAGCAGGAACACGCGCGUUCCCGUCCACCAUCAGCGCUACAGAGAGGAGCAAGAGAACCGCUAUGGAUCAGUACCUGAGCAGCAGUAACUAUAUGGAGUGUAUCUCGUUCAUGGGUGGCAGUAAGGCGUCGUCUCUGAGCUCUAAGGGUACGGACCUACCCGAGCUCUUCAGCACUCUGGGACUGGGCAAAUACACCGACGUCUUCCAGCAGCAGGAGAUCGAUCUGCAAACGUUUGUCACACUGACGGAUCCAGACCUGAAGGAACUGGGAAUAACAACGUUUGGAGCUCGUAGGAAGAUGCUGCUGGCUAUCUCAGAGCUGAAUAAAAGCCGGCGGGAGCUCUUCGAACCUUCGAACGUCCGCACCUCGUUCCUGGAGGGCGGAGUCAACAGCCGUCUCGCACGGCACUUCCAUGCCGACGUGGCCAGCGUGAGUGGGCGCUGGUGACAAAAACAAAUCUAUUAAUACCUCUGUGGUACUAGUUAACGGUACCUCUACAUGGACUACACACCUCCCCCUUGGAGAUUCUGUUGAUGUAUCAAAUCAUUCAUUCUGUACGAAUCAGGCUGGGUAAUGUGGAAAGCCAUAAGGGCCAGUACGGUCCAUUUGUUAGCCAAAAUUAGCAACAAGUGCCAUAAAAAACAUUGACUAUCCUCAGAGGUAGGUUGGGGAUAUCUGAAGAAGUGGAGGGGCUGCUACUUUGUGGUUCAGAGGUUCAGAAUUUAACAUGUAAAGUAUGUUAAAUUGUAAACUGAUCCAGUGUUAUUAAUUGAAGUGGUACUAGUUAAGUAUAGAGAAGCAGGCACAUGUGGACGCAUUAACAUUGGUACUCCUGCCUCCUCUGGCACAUUAAUCAGUAUCGGUAUUAAGCACUUUAAGAUAGCUUUUAUGUGUGUGUGUGUGUGUGUGUGUGUGUUUGCGUGCAUGUGUGAGUGUCUGUUGCGUGUUAAUCUAGUGCAGAAAGCACUUGACAAAACAGUGUUCGAAGUUUAAAGGUCACAGUUCAUGCUCGAGACCUUGUUGAUUGCUUAUAUUGGUGUUAUUCCUUGUUAUAAGGCUGCACUUACUCCAGUGUAUAUUUAAAUUUUUUUUUUUUUUGUUGCUAUAAACGUUUUCCAUUUUUAUAAAGUUACUUAUCUUAAAAUGCAUUAGUUUACAUUUUUUAUUGUCUUGUUUUAGUUAUGAGUUUAUUUCCUUUAUGCCUCCAGAUUCUCCAGAAGAAAAAAAAAAUCACGGUGAUGUGUCCAUUAAUAAAUUUAUGAUUGAUCUUUUUUUCCAUUCCAUAAUAUUAUGAUUGACCGUUUAUUUACAAAAGACGCAUUCUCUAAAGGUUAAGUAUUUGACUAGCAAUUCCUCUUUAGAAUUCACUCAGGGCUUUUGUUAAAGGGACCUGAAUCGAGCUUGAUUAACUUCCGAAUCAUUUGGUUUCAUUUGCAGCAACUACAAACACAGCUGGCUGAAUCAAAAACUUACAAAAUUCUUGCAAUCAAUUAAUAAAUAAUAUACAUUCAAAUUACACUUUUAUUGAUUUUUUGUGUCAUUCUCGAAAUGUAAUGAACCAACUGAGCAGCAGUUUUCUUGAACCAAAGUUACGAGUCUCAUGCUGAUAUUAAACCCACAUCAAAGACUCUUUCAUUGACAGUUUAGUCACUGUAAUAUUUUUUUAUUUAAAAAAAAAAAAAGUUCAUAAUCUUAAAAAAAUCCUAUUAUAACUAGAGAUUACUCCAGUUGCCUUUCAUGAUGAAUCUUUCCCGAUUAAAAAUAGUAUCUAUCAAUGUUUAAAGUUUUCAGCACUGAACAGUCUGUAUGUACAAAUUUUCACUUCUAUACUGACUUUAUUAUCAUGUGUAGAUAUUUAAAACUUUUCAGUCCCUUUCAGUAAAACCUGGUUAGCUUCUUAGUCUGUGCUAGCUUUGUCGUGUCGUUGUCACAGAUGAAUUUAUACCAGACUGUAAAAAAAAAAAAAAAAAAAAAAAAAGACAAGAGGAGUAGGUGUUCACGUUGUUUAAGAUAGCCAGCUUUCCAUAACAUCAGUGUGUUUGGCUGCAAAUUUAUAGAUUAGAGAAAGUUCCCGUGUGUCAGAAACCUAAUCUACAAGGUCUUGUUAGGAAAAACUGGAUGAGGUUUAAAAAUUAUAAGUUUAUUAAAAAUUUGAAUAAAAGAGAUUCCAUCGCUUUAUCUACCCUAGCCUUAUAGCCUUGUGUAUUUUAAAUGAGUUUAGUUGCAGGUUAGUCAAAUCAACCGCACAUAUAAAAUCAGCCGUGAAUGACGUCCUGUAUUGGGUACAUGAUCGUGAAAUGUUGUUGCAGUAAAUUAAUAGGAGGCUAUUUUUAUGUUUGUUUGUUUAUUUUUCCUUGUAAUUAUGUUUAUGGCUGGUUGUCCAUUAUGUAUUUUUAUUUUUUAUGUUCAAAAAAAGAAUUCUUGUUCAAUUCUCUUUUCUAUUUUUUAUUAUUGACAUUGUUUUUUUUUUCUUUUUCACUUGUAAUAUUUCACUAUUUUUAUACGUUGAUGUCUGUGUGUAUGUAUUAUUUUUUACAAAAGAAUGGGAGAUAUUCAUCUGAAGCCUUAAAGCCUGGAAUUAUAACCUG